UCACAUAAUAAAUAAAAUUAAGUAAGACAACAACUUACAACAUACUUUCCAUUUCUUUUUACAGAUGCUGAAAACAUGAUGCAAACUGUUGAGACGAAGACAUUUUGUGGAGUAAUUUUCCUCGACGAGGACACUACAGAAGUUGUGCCGAGGUCAUGGGUUAAAGGUGAUGAAUGUUUUUGGCCAACAUUCAUUUCUGAGGAAAAAACCCAAAAGGCCAUAAAGAGACAUGAAAUGCCAGGCCCUGGCUGGAAAAUCUUCAGAAUAAGAACACUCUUUGAAAAAGUAGAUGACUUCAGUAAGGCAAGGCAAAAGCUGAAGGACUACAACAGAAAUGGAACAGCAGUCCUUCAGUCAGAGGAUGAGGGCUCAAUGACAAAAAGGAGAAGAAAAGCGACACGUUACCCAGGAUUUGAAAAUGGAAGUACUGACUCUGAACCUGAGCAGACUCCAAAAAGAAGACCAGAGUCUCGGCCUCAGCCUCUCCCUAUUAGCACUACCCUUCCUAGUCUCCCUCCAGCCCCCCUCUUGGACAUCGCAGUGGACAUGGGUCAGAAGUCUCUGGACAACACGGGACAGGGAACCUAUACAGACAUAAGCUGGAAUGUGAGGAGGGAGUCAGACCACUUAAAUGUAAUCAAUAGCUCAGCGCACCAGUCAACACCACCACCACCUCAACACUUGAGUCCAGUGUUUGACAUUAAUAUGGACUUCCCCUAUUCACAUGCUAGCGUUGGUGGAGAGCCUGGAGGUCACCUCCUCUUCAAGCCAACCUUCAGAGUUGGCCAUGAAACAGGACCAAUUCCUUGCACACCGGCUCAGCUACAUGGCCUAUUGCUUUUGGAAAACUUAAAGCAGCAAGUUGCCCAACUCGCCACCACCGUGAACCUGCUCAUGGCCAAGGUCAAUAGCGGCCUCCAACCAGCAGCCUUUGAGUGGUCCGGAGAAUUUCAAUUCCCCCUGGAAUCAGAUGCAGAGCUGGACCGCUUUGAGGCCUGGCUGGUGGACCCUGCCAAUGAUAGGCAGAAACAUGCCCUUGUGUAUACCCUGUCUGCUGUUGGGGGUGUAGAUUUGAAGAGGGUGACAUGGAACAUUCUGUCAUACCUGUUUUCUUGCCCCCUUUCCCGAACAAUUAAUUGGAAGGGUGUGAACAAGAAGAGGGCCUUCCACAGGAUGGCAUCACGGACCCUCCUCAGCCGUGCAGUGCGCAAAUGCGCAAUGACAGCAUCUGCAACAGAAGCUGAAAUAUGGAGGCAUGCAAUAAGGUGGUUUGCCCUUUCGGCGGACAGGAGUGGAGGGCGCCAGGAGAGACUGGCGCGUCAGCAGCAGGAGCAGCAACCACAACAGCUGCCACAGCACCCACCUGAUUUUGUUUAAGUGCAUGUUUUUUUUUCAUGUUGUGUUAAUAGCCUGUGCCUUUUUUAUCCAUAAAUUAUGGGUUUGUU